AAUUAAAAUAGAUCCAGCAGUGGCCGGUGAUUUUACAGCUGCAAUAGAAAGCUACGGCGAAUCAAAUCUAGAUAUUAAGGCAUCUACUGACGUAUCAUUUCAAUAUGGAUUUUUAGUUAUAGCACCGACAACUGUUGAGGAUUGCAAGAAGGCUGUUUCAAGGCCCGUAGCAGGUGAAAAAACACAUCUAACUAUAGAGUUAUCUUAUAAUGGAAAUGAUGUGGAACUACAAUCUGCCGAAAUACUGGACUUGAAAGGAAAUUUAUUAGAAACAUAUCCACUUCGCAUAAUUAAAAAGGGAGACAACUUUUAUGUGACAGACGAGUUUAUUUCACCAAGUGACAUGUUUAAAACCUCUGUUAAUGGCAUCGUCACAUCGACAAAAGAAAACAUAAGAAGAGAUGCUACAUCAGCUGUUGACCCUUGGAAUAAAAAAUCUGGAACCUACAGUGAAAAAGAAGUGAAGCCAAUAAUAGAGGAACUGAAAAUCAAAAACGAUAAGAAAAACUCAAAAAUUCAAAUAACCUGCAAUGUUAAAGGUUUUCCUGAACCGGAGAUUACUUUGUUUGACGCUGCUGGGGUAUUUUAUACUGGCCAUAAAAUAUCAAACAACGUAUCAUCGUACGUCAGUAUAUUUGAAACAAUGAACGAUCUAGACAAUAUUUUUAUUUGUAAAGCAACUAAUUUGAUGGGAUUUGAUGAAAAAUCGAUUGCUUUCAAACCUUUGUCAGAAGCUCCGGAGAUCGAUGCAUCUGUAAAUGAGUAUUUCAAAGAGAUGGGGCAAAGUCUAGACAUAUUUUGCAGAAUUUGA